UCCUGCAAACAGAAGAACCCGAUGAGGAAGCGGACGUUCUCCCGUCCGAUGGCGGAACCGGAGAACCGGAAGCCUCAGAAGACGUUCCUGCAGCAGCAACAGCUGGAGAACCGAACAACGCAGGACAAACCGGGGGUUUUCUGGACCGGGCGGCGCCCGGCGCUGCGGCAGCCCCAGAUGUUCUGCCAGCUGCUGAAGAGCCUGACAAGGUUCCACAGACUCGGGUCCAGGACAGUGAAUCACAAGAAGUUCUGUUUGAGAACGUCGCAGCUGCAGAUGGAACGUCUGGAUCUGUCCGUGUCUCUGCUGUGGACGAGGAAGCCGGGCUCACGCUGGUCCAGGAGAACCCGACAGAACCCAGUCAGGUUCCAGCUGAGGCUUCGGACCGGACAGAAUCUGGACCGGCGAUGGCCCCGCUGGAGGACGACCGUGAGACGGGGACAGCGGACGAGUCUAGUCGGGUGGGGCCCCGGCCCCCUGCAGGACCGGCCCGUCCCGCCCAGGGCCCGGUUCAGGACCCAACAGGACCGGGGAAGGCCGGAGGGGGAGAGAACCCGGGAACGCUGCAGCAGGAACCCAGAACCGAGACGCCAGAGGACGAGCAGCCCGAUCAGGACGUGUGGCUGGACGCCGAGGAAGACCUCGACCCCCCAGCAGCACCGGGACCAAGAACCCCGGAACCUGGACCAGAAGCCUCACCCGAUCUCCAAGCUGGAGCCGGACGGGUCCAGAAGACGGAGCAAGGAACCGAGAGCGACGAGGACGGGGACGGGGAUGAGGACGAGGACGGGGACGAGGACGACUUCAGCAUCGCGCCGGAACAUCUGCAGGUUGCCAAGGAGACCAGCUGACCAGAGGCGGAGCCGGCGCUGGCUGCAGCCAGACCGGCGUCAGACCUCCAGAACCGCGGUCCAGAACGGAACGAAGAACCGGCGAUCUGAGAGACCAGAACCCACAGCGGCGCUGCAACCAAUCCUGGACUAACCCAUGACACCCGUCCCCAAGACUGGCGCCAACAGAGCCCCACCAGAACCCCACCAGAGUCCUGCCGGAACCCCACCAGAACCCCACCAGAACCCCACCAGAGUCCUGCCGGAACCCCACCAGAUCCCCACCAGAGUCCUGCCAGAACCCCACCAGGACCCCACCAGAGUCCUGCCAGAACCCCACCAGGACCCCACCAGAGUCCUGCCAGAACCCCACCAGGACCCCGUGUGCCGCAGCCA